AUGUCUGUAAUGCUCGAGACGUCCCUCGGGGACCUCAUCAUUGAUCUCGAGGUCGAAAAGUGCCCCCGCACAUGCGAGAACUUUCUUAAACUCUGCAAGCUCAAGUACUACAACCUCAAUGCUUUCUUCAAUGUGACAAAGAACUUUAUUGCCCAGUCUGGCGACCCCACGGCUACCGGUGCCGGCGGUGAAUCCCUCGCCUCUCUUCUCCACUCUCAAAACCCCUCCGGCCCUGCCCCUCCCCGCUACUUUUCUCCCGAGAUCCUCAACUCCCUCAAACAUACCCACAAGGGCACACUUUCCAUGGCUGUCGCCCCUGCCAACCCACCCGGAUGCGGUUCGCAGUUCUUCCUAACGCUGGCAGACGGGAUAGAUUACUUGGAUGGAAAGCAUGCGGUGUUUGGGCAUGUGAUUGAGGGGCUGGAUACUCUGGAUAAGAUCAAUGAAGCUUUCGUAGACCAGGAAAGCAGGCCUUUGCAGGAUAUCAGAAUCAGACAUGUGGAAAUCCUUGAGGACCCUUUCCCCGACCCUGCCUCUCUCCCCUCUCCUCCCCCUUCUCCCAUUCGACCCCCCGACAACCUCUCCCGUAUCGCUGAUACCGAAGACGUCCACAAAGAGGUAGACGAAGAAGAAACAGAAGAGCUCUCGCGCAAAACAGCAGCCGCCUCCUCCGCCCUCACUCUCGAAAUGAUCGGCGAUCUUCCCUUUGCCGCUGUCCGGCCACCAGAGAACAUCUUGUUUGUCUGCAAGUUGAACCCCGUGACACAAGAUGAGGACCUAGAGUUGAUUUUCUCAAGGUUUGGGAAGAUUUUGAGUUGCGAGGUUGUGAGGGAUAAGAAGAGUGGGGAUAGUCUGCAGUACGCCUUUAUCGAGUUUGAUGAGCGGUCUCAAGCGGAACAGGCAUAUUUCAAGAUGCAGAACGUCCUGGUGGACGAUCGCAGAAUAUGGGUCGACUUCUCCCAAUCAGUAUCCAAAAUGAACCGCACCAUGCUCUCUGGCGGGGGUGUGCCCCGAGGAGGCCGAGGUGGGGGGCGUGGGGGUGGCGGUGGACGAGGAGGGUCUGGAGGACGAGGCGGGGGCGGAGGCGGGUACGGCGGGCAGAGGGAUAAUGGCUACGGCGGGCAGAGGGAUAGCGGCUACGGCUCAAGAGGAGGUCAUCAAGAUACCAGCAACUCUCGUCGCAGAUCUCCCUCACCACCACAUCGAUCCUCUCAUCGGUACCGUGACUCUGGUCGCGAAAGAGACGACGACCGCCCCCGGCCUCCUGUGCAUACUGCUGGCGAUAUCCGCGGUACUGAAGGGUAUGGCAUGGUAUUCGAUGCUGGGGUGCCUUCUGGCUCGGGGUCGGGAUCGUCGUCUCGGAGGGAUAGAGAGCGGGAGAGGGAUAGGUCUCCUAGGAGGAGGGAUGAUCGGGAUAGGGAGGGAGAUAGGCGGCACCGGGAGAGGGAUGAGAGGAGUAGUAGGGACGGUAGGGAUAGGAGUGAUCGACGGGAUAGGGAUCGCGCGAGAGAGAGAAGUCAUAGGGAUAGGGACGAUCGCGAUCACCGACGUUAG